GCAAGUCUCACAUUCUAUCCUUAUUUUUCAAUUAAUGUAUUUAUAUUUAUACCUUUAAUUCUUUUAUUGUUUUAUUUAUUCUUUCAUUAGUGCUAUAUUAGUCUUAAUUGGUGAGCAAUUAGUAGUGAAUGCUUAAUUGCUUAAUUACUUUAUCCGGGUUUUUAAGAGUUGUCAAUCUCUUAAGGGUUUUCAUAGCUUAAGGUUACAAUUGAUUGGGUUCAUAAAGGUAAUUAGGCUUCAUAUCCUAAUUGGUUCUUGUUUUCCAGUAGGUCUAGCUCUUAUUUUUAUAGCUUAAAGUUAUAAUUGAUUGAGCUAAUGGAGGUAAUUAGGCUUUGUAUCCUAAUUGGUUCUUGUUAUUCCAAUCAAUUAUAGGUCUACCUCUUAUUUCCGCGUGUUUCGCUAUAUCCAUAUUUUAGUUCGUAGUUCGUAUCAUAUUGUAUCGGAGGUUGAGGAUUGUUCUAUUAAUCCUUUGGUUUUUGUUUUGAUUAUCAUCUAAUCUAAAAAUAAAAAAUAAAAGAAAUUCAAAAAUUUCCAAAAUAGCAAGUUUACUGUUCAUCCGUUGUUUGUGACUGCAAUUAGAAAUGUAUUUCCUUGUUCGUUUCCAAAAUAGAAAUUCAAAAAUAUUUGCUCUAUCUCCUUCGAUUUGAUUCUGAACCUUCUGAAUUUCUUCAUUAUCUGAUUUGAAAUUACUGAAUUGAGCUUGGAUUCGAAGUUUGGGUUUGAGAUUGGUGAACCCGACGUGAAACGGACGAAUCGAAAAAUUGGGGUUGUGCUCUAGAUCCAAAAUUUCGAGUUCGAAAUCGAUUGGGCGUGUUCUAAUCUUGUUGGUAAAGCUCGAUUGAGGUUUAAUCUGAAGCUUGGGUUCGUUUGUGACUGAAUUCGAACUGGUGCUAGGUCAAAUCUGCGGAGUCGACUCGAAGAAGAAGAAGACCUAGGGUUCGUCGAUUUCGUGUGCCUUGGAACAAAUUGAAAACUAGGGUUUGCUCGGAUUACUGAGAGGAGUUUGUGGUUACCAUUUGAGUUCAAUUCGAAGAAGUUUAGGUUGAGUUUGGGUUGGCAACCUGAAGUUCAAUCGAAGAACUACCUGCAAAUCUUUGGGCGCCGUUCAAUUUUUUCUUCGAGUGUUGAUUGCUGAAAUCUAACUGUUACGUAGCCUAUGCACUCCUCGACGCAUCAGCUAAAGGUAUUUGACAGCAAAAUUCUGCACUGUUUUGAGCUAUCUUUGGAGAUGUGCUGCUGCUGAAGAGUGCGGAAUUGUCUCAAUGGUUUGGGCAUCAGUAUUUUGAUAGCCAGUUUCUGCCCAGAAUUUUAUCCAGAAAGUUGAACAGCAACUUCUUGCGAUUGCAGCAACAAACAGUUGAAAUUUAGGUUGUUUCUGAUCAGUUUUCUGCAGCAACUUUGGCAGCAAAUCUGCACAGUUGAGCUCUCAAGUUAGCUGUUGUUUGGUUAAGUGUUCUGCACAACUGAGCCACAAAAUUUCUGUGCUGUUUGUUCCUCUGUUAUUUGCUGAAAAUCUGCAGAAUUUUGGACUGUUGAACCUCAUAAGUUGCACCAUUUCUGCACAAGUGUUGCACCAGUUAGUUCCCAUGUAGUUGCAGUUUGGAACAACAUCCGAGGACUGAAAAUUUUGCACUGAAGUGUGAAAUUUCUGUUGCACUUUUGCACCAGCUGUGUACCUGUUCUUCUCAGUAUUUGGCACCAGCUGAGCAGCUGAAAUUUUGCAGCUUUGGCCAGCAUCUGAGCUGGGAAAUCAGUAGGUUUUUGGAACUGUUUCUUAAGCUAGAAAGGAGCUGAAUUGAAUUAGGUUCUGAGCCAGAUUGGAGCUGCUGAAAUCUACUUUGUUUAACAUCCAAACUGCAGUUCUUUUGAAUAAGUUUUGUCCAGUGAUUGCACAGCUAAUAUCCCGCACUUCUCGAGCAUAAAUUCUGCAUAGUUGAAGCUUUUCUACAGGCUGCAUAGUCCAAAAUUUCUGCAGAUAAUUUUUGCACAGUUCCCCUGCAAUUUUGGACUGUUUUCUGCAGAUUGUAAGUCUUCAUAGCUUGAGCAGAACCUUCAGAACUACUGCUCCUGAUCAGUUGUUUAGCAGCAAUUGAAUAGCAAAUCUGCACCAGCUUGUUCCAGUUUGAGAAUACUGCACUGCUUCUGCAUUUAUUUUCCACAACUGUUUGAACUGAUUCUGCCCAGUUUUACUGAAUCUGCACAUGCUUAAUGACUGCCAGUGGCACCAGAGGUUUUGCACCAGCUACUGCACAAUUUAAGGCCUGCACAGUUUGGGAAAUUUGCUGAGUUUGGGGUCUGGCCGUAGAACAAUUUUUCCAGCAUUUUGACAGAAGUUCAGAAAUUUUUCAGUCCAGUUUUCUUUUCUUCCAACUGUUAAUCUUUUUCUUCUUGUUUGUUAAUUCUAAACUAGUGUAAACUUGAUAUUAGUUCAUAUUAAGUUUUAACCUAGUUCUUUGUGUGCUUAAUUUAGUUUCGUGCCAAUUGUUUCGUGCUUUUAUCUUCUAAUUUCGUUGUGAAUUGCUUGGUUCAAGUCCGUUUGCUUUUAAUUGUCCGUCCUUGUGAAUACACAACUUCCACUCCACCCCGAAGACUGUUGGAACUUGUUGUGAAACCUUGGGAUUUAAGUUUGCAAGCAAUUUUGACAUUCACUACUUGACCGGAAAAAGGCAAGAGCGACUAGGACUUUGAGCACGCAAAAAGCCAAUUGGUGCAAAGUGUGAUACACGACGGUUGAGCAACAUCGAGUGAGCUUGGUGAGGACUUUACUACUAAUUUGUUUGCUCGUUUUGUAGGUAUCAUGGAGUACAAACAAACUUCUAGUCCUAAUUGUAAUCCAAGGAGUGCGACUCUGAUAAAUGAAGUUGUAUCAAUGCUCUAUGACAUAAAUGAGAAGGUUACCACCAUAAGUGAGAAGGUUAACAAUAUUACCAUAUGGAAACACAAAAUGGAUUCAAGGUUGAAUUCCAUGAUGGAGGAAUCUCACUUGAGGCGACAAGGAAGGGAGAGUAGUAUGACGCUUACUAAUUCCUCUACUACACCCUCUCCUUCACAAGUGCGACAAAUGCUUAAAAGAGGAAAACCGCAACAUAACCAACAUUUCCAAAUACCACAAAACCUACCAAAGCGACCACAUUCACCAAAGGGACCUUAUUUUCCUCCACCAAACUACCGACCACCUACCCACUACCAACACCAACCACCAUUUAUACCUCAAGCAUACAUACCCAUAACACCCCCACCCAAAAUGACCCAACCUAGACCACCAAUGAAUCUACCUCCCCAACAUAUGCCUCAAGUACCACCAAGGAGGGAUAAUCUCCCUCUUCCACCACUCAUACCGCCUCAAGAACCUCGAAUGAUGAACAACCCACUUUUUCAACAUGAUCAAGAGGACACCUUGAAUGAGUUGGACAACAUCCAACAAGUUUUCAAUGACAAAUAUAGGGGGAAUGAAGUGAAACAAAGGGGAAGAGACCAAAUGAGUUUGAGAACAUCCUUGAAAAAUGCAAAGAGAAAAAGUAAGGCUGAGAGACAAAAGAUAGAGAGAAGUGAGGGAGAGAAAAGUGACAACUCUAGAGUGGAAAAAGGAGAGAAAAUGUGGAGUGAAGUGAAUGAGUUGUCACAAGAAAAGAAUGAAGAGCUUGAAAAGCAAUUGAGAGAAAAGAAAGAGGAAAAACAAAAAGAGAGUGAGGAUUUUCCUUAUUCUAAUGCUAAUAACCUUUCUUCUUUCUCUAGUUGUUUUGUAUCUUGUGAGGGAACUUUUGGAGAUGAGCCAUCAAGUGAAGUUCAAUCUACUUUGAUGAACUUGGAAGAAGAUCAAGCUACCUUGUCAAGAGAACUUUUGAAAUUUAAUGAACACGUUCGAGGUAAAGAGAAUACUUUAGACGAGCUUCAAGGUAAAUAGCUUAUCCUUCUACUCUUGUUCGUUUAAUUGAUUGUGGUGACACUUUGAGUUUGAAAGAUAGCUAUGAUAUUGAUGAGUUUGAUACUUCUUUAUCUUGUUAUGAGAAAAAUAGUUAUGGCUUGCAACUAGCUAGGAGUUCUUGUGCAUUAUUGGAUGAUUAUAGUUCUUUGUUUAAUGACUCUUUAGCUAGUGAUGUGUGUGAUGUUGAAUCUUAUGAUACCCCACCUUUAUGGGAUGAUGCAUGUGAUGAUUCUUUUGACUCUACUUUAACUUUGUUGGAAGAAAGUUUUGACCUUUAUGAAGAAAUGAGUCAAGAAGAAUGUGUUGAUGAUUCUUUUGAUUCUAUUUUCAUUCCUUUGGCAAAACAAUUCAAUUUUUAUGGUGAAAUGAGCAAAUGUGAGUGUGGAGAUGCCUUGUUGAAGAGUGAACAAGUUACUUAUAAUGACAUAAAUAUAGAAGAAGAAAACUUCCAUUUGUAUUCUAAUGAGUUUGACUUCUCUUGUAUUUGAUCUUGAUGACUCUUAUCCAUAUUUAUGUGAUGAUUUUGUUAGGUGUGACAAGGAAAGUAAAGUUUUUGAUGCUAGCACUAGUAUUAAUUGCUUUACUUAUCUUAUUCCUACUUUUGAAAGAACAUUCUCGUUGGAUUUUGCCAAUGCUUCUAUGAGAAAAGGUAAGAAUGUUUCUUUUGGUGUUUUGACAGACUAUUUUGAGCAAAAAGAAACUAACUUUAUUGAUUAUUUUGUGAAAGUUCAACAAGAGAACGUUGCUAAGGGUAAGAAAGGCCUUGAACUAACAAUUUGGUAUACUUUUUGUCAAGAACUUUUUCUUUUGCCCAAAAGAAAGAAUAGUAUGUACGUUUGGCUUAUGCUUAUCUUGUGUUUAUCUAAGGCCAUUGGGGUAAAGACUCUUAACUUUGAGUAUUGUGAUAUUCUUUAUAUGAUGAUUCAUGAUGAGUUUGACAUAUCUCUUAAGUUGUCAUGUGAAGUUGUUGGAAAGUGUGUAGAUAUUUGGGGAUUAAAAUUUGUGUUUGACCCCGGAGUUGCUUCUUAUCAUGGUGAAGUGUCUUUCUUUGGAUUGGAGAGUAUGAGUUUUAUUGCUUCUUAUGACACUUGAUAAUACCAUAAAAGUGUGCACUUUGUUGAGGAUUUUACAAGAUUGUGAUUUUGUCGGAAGCAUGAAACUUUACACUCUCUUGAUUCUUCUCAUAAGUAUUAUUUUUCUUAUAGUCAAGUUUGUGUCAUAUGUGUUGGAGAUGUGUUCUUUAUUGAUUAUGUCACUUGGCUAUAUCAUAAGAGUGUCACUUUUGAGUGCAAGAUUGUGAUCUUUGAUCUUUUAGCUUGGACAUGCAAUGCUUUGAUUGUGAUUGGCUUGGUACUUAUGUUUGCCCUUUUCUUGGUUUCGCAAUGUCCAAAUUCGAGGACGAAUUUCUUUAAGGGGGGAGGAUGAUACACGCCGGAUGAGCAUGCCUAACGAUUUUCAAGUCAACAUUAUAGCAUUGGAGUGCUUUAAAGGAGUCAAGAUCAAGAAGGCUAUACUUGUAAUAAUUGACUACACUUAGUUCCAUAGAAUUAGCUUAGGGGUAUUUGAUCAUUUGUAGCCAAAUAUCCACUUUAGUAUAAAUAGCCCUUAAGGCCUUUAUUUUAGACAUGCAAGUCUCACACUCUAUCCUUAUCUUUUAAUUAAUGUAUUUAUGUUUAUGCCUUUAAUUCUUUUAUGAGGUUA